AUGUCUUCCCACCCAUUUAGCUCUCUGCCCAGUUUUGACGAGCUCCCACCAGUCAAGGACAUGCCUCAGGGCUGCGCCUGGGGUGUAUUCGACCGCGACGGCCGGAAAGAUCACCUGGGCUGCCUGAACCUCCUCACACCCCCCGUGGUACAACGUGCACUAAAGGAGGCGAAAGACGGUCAGUCAGUCUCAUUGAACUGGCCCAUCAACGCUAUUCACUCGCCCGGUUUCGGGCGCAAGGGGCUGGAACAUAAAGUGACUUCAUUUCAAGACACGCCAUAUGCGAUGUAUGGUUUCGAUGACGAGAUCGCUUUCAACACACAGUGCUCCAGUCAGUGGGACAGCCUGGUGCACUUCGCCCACCAACCCACCGGGCUCUGUUACAACGGCGUACAGCCGGAUAGCGCUGGGCUCAAGCAAGAUGACACCCCCUUUCACAAGGACUGCAACCUCCCCACCCUCAACCACUGGCACUCGCGCGGUGGACUGGUUGGCCGGGGCGUACUGGUCGACUAUUGCGCCUACGCCGAAGCUCACGGAAUCACGUACGACCCGUUUGACGCGCACAAGAUCACGGUGAAGGACCUGGAGGCAGUGAUAAAGUGGGAGAAGCUUGAAUUGCUGCAGGGUGACAUCUUGAUCGUGCGUUCCGGUUUCACGCGUGCUCUCGAGCAGGCCUCCACGCCAGAGAAACAGAAGGAGUUGUUUGGUUCCCACCGGACGGUCGGAGUGGAGGGAAGUGUUGAAACCGCGCGGUGGGUUUGGAAUCAUCACUUUGCUGCUGUCGCCGGCGACGCCCUUGCCUUUGAGCAGACCCCGCCCACUCGCCCAGAUGGCACCGAGGGUAAUAUCAGUGAUCUAGUGCUGCACACAUACUUCUUGAGUCUUUUCGGCAUGACCAUUGGGGAGCUGUGGGACUUGGAAGCGCUAUCCCUUAUGUGCUCGCAGAAGCAACGAUACUCAUUUCUGCUGACUAGUUGUCCAUUGAAUGUGCCCGGAGGUGUGGGAAGCCCCCCAAAUGCCUUGGCCAUCUUCUGA